GACAAUAAAGAAAGAAAGGGAUAUGGAAUAAUACGAGCAAAUAUUCCGUAGAAUCGCACGCUUUGAUUCGUUUUACCGCUAUGACGACUCUCUCUCUCUCUCUUUAUCGCUUUAUCUCGCAACUCUCUCGCAGGACUCUCCGGCAAGAAUGGAGCUACUGCAGCCCACGCACCCUCCUCACUGCGACUUAGCCGGCGACGGCUUCUACGGCUUCUCGUCCUUGGGCAUUCACCGGGCGGUGAGCUCUCGGUCUGGGAUGCACCACAUAGUGGAAGAAGCUGGUAAUGAUAAAUUACACGUUGCGGUCGGAAAGUCCGUGGAGCGAACUGUGGCUCUGCUUCAAUGGGCUUUCAAGCAGUUUGGGUGCCGAGAAAUUUGUAUUCUUCACGUUCAUCAGCCUUCCCAUGUGAUUCCCACUCUCUUAGGAAAACUACCGGCAAGUCAAGCAAAUGGUGAAGUAGUGGCUGCACAUAGAAGGGAGGAGUGGGCGCAGAAAAUGAAGCUUUUAGAAUGUUACGUGAGCAUUUGCUUCACAGAAAAGGUCAAAGCAAGCAUUCUUACAAUAGAAGCUGACCAAGUUCAGAGAGGAAUUGUAGAUUUGGUGAACAGACAUGGUAUUAGGAAGCUUGUUAUGGGCGCAAUGCCUGAAAACUGCGUGAAGGUGAAAAAGAGCUCCAGCAAGGCAACUUAUGCUGCCAAAAAUGUUCCCUUGUUCUGUGAAAUAUGGUUUGUCUACAAAGGGAAACAUGUAUGGACAAGAGAAGCUUCUGAAGGCCCUAAUUCUUUGCCUCUACAACCUGAGAUUAAAACUGCAGAACCCUUGAGAUCUAUGUCAUUUCAAUAUAGUAAUAAUAAUGCAAUCCAUCCAGAAUUUUUUCAAUCCAACUCUGCUAGAAGUACAUCCUUUGCUGGAAGCAGCAACUGGUUUCAGGGUGAAACAGUUCAUGUCGAAGUGGCUUCAUUGCCCACUUUAUCCCAUUCCUCUCGUGAUCUCCAGAGUUCAUUCAACAGUUUAGAAAAUAAUUCUGCCAAAAGAAUGGUAUCUUCAAUUUCCGAUCCAAAUGUUGAGGAAGAGAGCUUGUAUGGUCAGCUGACAGAAGCCAGGAUAGAAGCUGAGGCAGCAACAAACGAGGUGUCUGCAGCGAUAAUAAAGCGCAAAAAAUUGGAGUCGGAAGCCAUUAAAACUAUCAGCAAGGUCAAAGUCUUUGAAUCUGCCCAUGCACGUGAAGUUAAGCUCAGGAAGGAGGCUGAUGAUGCACUAAGAACUACCAUACAGGAUCAAGAAAAGCACUUGGAAGAAAGAGAAGAAGUAACUAGAGAGCUACAGAGGACCAUGAGAAGUGUUGCUCUUUUAGACAGUCGUGCAAAGGAAGCAAACCGUAGGUGUGAUGAAGCCGUCGGAGAACUAAAUUUAAUUCAAGCAUCCAUCACUACUCUACAGCAGGAAAAGCAGAGGAUGCAACGACAGAAAGUAGAAGCCCUACGCUGGCUUGAACGGUGGAGACAUGGACGAGCUGGAGCUGCAAACUGUAAUGGGUUCAUUGGUUUUGUUGAAGGGUUGCCUGAGUUAGCAGAAUUUUCAUUGUCAGACCUGCAAACUGCUACAUGCAAUUUUUCUGAGAGCUUCAAGAUUGGGCAGGGAGGAUAUGGUUGUAUUUACAAGGGGGAAGUGCUGGGUAGAACUGUUGUCAUAAGGAACCUCGAUCCAUAUAACAUGCAAGGACCAUCAGAGUUUCAACAAGAGGUUGAAGUUCUUGGCAAGCUACAGCAUCCUCAUCUGGUGACUUUGCUUGGUGUAUGUGCAGAAUCUUGGUCCCUUAUAUAUGAAUACUUGCCCAAUGGGAGCCUCCAAGACCACAUUUUUCGGAAAAGCAACAUUUCUCCAUUGACGUGGAAGACCCGAACACGUAUCAUUGCUGAAAUCUCUAGUGCCCUUUGCUUCUUGCACUCUUCUAAUCCUGAACAGAUUGCCCAUGGCAAUCUGAAACUUGAAAGCAUAGUUCUAAGUACUGAUCUAAGCAGCAAGAUCUGCGACUUUGGGAUUUGCAGGCUGGUAACUGAGGAGAGCCUUCAUUGCCCUAGUUUCCGCCGGAGCACAGAGCCAAAGGGUGCUUUUACGUAUACUGAUCCAGAGUUUCAGAGAAAUGGAGUGCUGACACCCAACUCUGACGUUUACUCCUUUGGGCUGAUCAUUCUGCAGCUACUCACAGGAAGGCAACCAGUUGGUUUAGCAGCUGAGGUGCGUAAGGCGGUUUCAUGUGGGAAAUUGGCAUCACUUUUGGAUUCAUCAGCUGGAGAAUGGCCUACAUUUGUGGCAAUGCGAUUGGCAGAGCUGGGGCUGCAUUGCUGUCAAGUGAGCAGUAGGGACAGACCAGAUUUAACACCUUCUCUGGUUAGGGAACUGGAGCAGUUGCACGUCUCAGAAGAGCGACCAGUGCCAUCUUAUUUCUUGUGCCCUAUCCUUCAGGAAAUAAUGCAUGACCCUCAGGUAGCAGCAGAUGGGUUCACUUACGAAGGGGAAGCCAUGCGUGGAUGGCUGGAAAAUGGGCGUGAAACUUCUCCCAUGACAAAUUUGAAGUUGAGUCACCUCCAUCUUACUCCUAACAAUACACUGCGGCUUGCCAUACAGGAUUGGCUUUGCAAAUCUUCUCAGUCCCUUUAAUACGUAUGUAUGUGUGUAUAUAUGCAUCUAUGUAAUAUCUUUUAUUAUAUUUGUAGUGGUGCAUCAACGCACCACUACUUUACCAUUGUAGAUAAUGGAAUAACAGGGGUUUGGUUGGUGUGAUUGUCAAUGCUUCACAGUAAUCCAUGAGCGAGAUUCCAUUUUGUGUGUUAUGAAAGCAAUCGAAACCGUGGAGAGGAGCCAGAAAGAGCUCCAAGCAUUGUGUACGGAGAUGAGGUCCCCUUAAUUAAUCUUUUUGACUGAAAACAUAAAGUCAUGAAGCAGCUUGUUGCAGUGACGAUUGUACAUCAGCUUAGAUGAAUAAUGCUAUUCUUCUCACCUAUUUAUCAAACUGGUUAAUGUA